AUGGCCGAGGUACCAGAUCGCCUCAAUGAAACUCUUCGCCUAUCGAUACGCCGCCACACCUACGAAUCCGUGAAAGUAUUGGCUCUCUAUUGGAAGGACGGGCAUCGAGGCUAUCAGAAUGAGGGGAGAGAGGUCACGAAUAUGUUCACGAACGAAUUUCAAUAUCCCGCCGAGCAAUUUGCCAUUCCAUCAUCAAACGCUUCGCAACAUCGGGAUUGCAGCGGAAGAGAAGAACGCGGCAUCGCUCUUGAUUCUUAUUACGGUGGUCAUGUCGAUAAAAACGAUGAUAAGCACGAACGUCAAGAGAGAAGAUCAUCAGUUUGGGCGGGACAUAGUACAGGAGAACCCACACCUCAAUGGUUCCGGAUCCAAGAUCAACUAGAUGAUCUCAAGGUAUCCAAUACUGAUGUCUUUCUCUUGUUGGAUUGUCGUUUUGCUGCCCAAGCUGCCAGAGCACACGAAGCCCUUGGAGGUCGGUUUGAGAUUCUAGCAGCCUCCACCAGGGGCAUGGAGACGCCGUCACCCGGAGACACUUCAUUCACGACUAUUCUUCUCAGUGAGAUUCGCAAAACACUUAAUAACGAAGACCUGAUCGAUGUAAAAGACCUUCAUGGGCGUAUUUGUAAUCCCAGGUCUCAUCUCUGGGCGACCCCGGUGCACAUAAGUCUCAGAGCUGGUCAGCGACCAAUAAGACUGCAGCCCCUUGCGCAGACUUCUCGUUCAGAGCUUAUUAGGAAAUACGUUGAUGCAGACGACAAAUAAUUCCUCCAUCUUUUGAUCGAAAUUGACGGCGAACUCAGCGCCUUCCAUGAGGAUGAAAUUGCAAGAUGGUUAGGCGCGGACACGCCACAAAUUGUAUCAAAGCUAGUCUUCCAAACAACUGCUCAUAUCAGCGCCGCAGUACAGAAAAUGGAGGGGGGGACGGAAAGCAUCUCACGCCGCCUCGAUAACGAUUCUAAGGAAGAGAUAACGAC